AAUCGAAUUCACCAAUACAGUUGUUUAACUCAGCUCACUCAAAUGAUGAACAAAUACUUUCGAAAACAUAAUCAACUUAACUCGAAGCAGCGAAACUUUUCCUUUUGCCGUGUCCAAAGAAAAGAGAUGACGUCAUCCCAGUUCCACAAAUCAAAGACUCUCGACAACAAAUAUAUGCUUGGAGAUGAAAUUGGUAAAGGAGCUUAUGCUCGGGUUUAUAUAGGAUUAGACCUGGAGAAUUGUGACUUUGUUGCCAUUAAACAAGUCUCUUUGGAAAAUAUUGGUCAAGAGGAUCUUAACACCAUCAUGAAAUUUCAUCAGCAAGAAAUCGAUCUCCUAAAGAACUUGAACCAUAAAAACAUUGUCAAGUAUCUUGGAUCGUUGAAGACAAAGACUCACCUUCACAUUAUUCUGGAGUAUGUUGAGAAUGGCUCUCUUGCAAACAUUAUUAAACCAAAUAAAUUUGGACCUUUCCCUGAGUCGUUGGUGACUGUUUACAUUGCACAGGUCUUGGAAGGUUUAGUAUAUCUGCAUGAGCAGGGUGUCAUACAUCGUGAUAUCAAGGGUGCAAAUAUUUUGACAACCAAGGAGGGCCUUGUUAAGCUUGCUGAUUUUGGAGUUGCCACAAAACUCAACGAGGCUGAUUUCAACACUCACUCAGUGGUCGGAACUCCAUACUGGAUGGCUCCGGAGGUUAUUGAAUUGUCAGGAGUUUGUGCUGCUUCUGACAUUUGGAGUGUUGGGUGCACUAUUAUUGAACUUUUGACGUGUGUACCUCCUUACUAUGAUCUGCAACCCAUGCCAGCCCUCUAUCGCAUUGUUCAGGAUGAUACCCCUCCCAUUCCUGAUAGUCUAUCUCCCGAUCUUACAGACUUCCUACGACUGUGCUUCAAGAAGGAUUCCAGGCAGAGGCCUGAUGCAAAGACACUUCUCUCGCACCCUUGGAUACGUAACUCAAAACGAGCAUUGCGGUCAUCACUUCGGCAUAGUGGAACCAUCAGAUAUAUGAAGGAACCCGAUUCAAGUUCAGAGAAGGAUGAUGAAGGUAGUCAAGAAGUAGCUGAAAGCUUUUCAGCAGAAAAAGUGGAGGUGACAAAAACUAACUCGAAAAGCAAAUUGCCUGUUAUAGGUGUGGAGAGUUUUAGGUCUGAGAAAGAUCAGUCUUCACCCAGUGAUCUCGGUGAAGAAGGAACGGAUGCAGAAGAUUAUCUUAAUUCAGAUCUAGGUCCUACAUUGUCUACGCACGAUCAGUCUUCUCGUCAAUCCGGUACUUGCAGUAUUUCUUCGGAUGCAAAGGGGACAUCUCAAGAUGUAUUAGAGAACCAUGAGACAUCUGAACGUGAUGAAAUACCUGGAAAUCUUGAAAAGGAAGCUUCUGAAGGUAGAAGGAAUACUUUAGCAACAAAGCUGGUUGGAAAAGAAUAUUCUGUCCAGGUGGCGCAGUCAUCACAUAGUUUUAGCCAAAAAGGUGAAGUUGGGCUUCGAAAGGCUGUGAAGACUCCAUCUAGUUUUGGUGGGAAUGAACUGACCAGAUUCAGUGAUCCUCCUGGGGAUGCUUCUUUGCAUGAUUUGUUUCAUUCACUGGAUAAAGUUCCUGAGGGAAAACCAAAUGAAGCCUCAACAUCGACGCCUACUACAAAUGUAAAUCAGGGUGAUUCUCCUGCUGCAGAUGGUGGAAAGAAUGAUCUGGCAACGAAAUUGAGGGCUAGAAUUGCUCAGAAGCAAAUGGAGGGUGAAACGGGGCACUCUCAAGAUGGUGGUGAUCUUUUCCGCUUAAUGAUGGGUGUUUUGAAAGAUGAUGUUCUUAACAUCGAUGACUUGGUAUUUGAUGAAAAAGUGCCCCCGGAGAAUCUUUUUCCUCUGCAGGCAGUCGAGUUCAGCAGAUUGGUGAGCUCCUUAAGGCCAGAUGAAUCAGAAGAUGCAAUAGUAAAUUCCUCUUUGAAACUUGUUGCCAUGUUUCGUCAGAGACGUGGGCAGAAAGCAGUAUUUGUGACACAGCAUGGUUUCCUCCCUCUAAUGGAUCUACUUGAUAUUCCUAAAUCUCGAGUAAUAUGUGCCGUGCUGCAGCUGAUAAACGAAAUUGUAAAAGAUAAUACCGACUUCCUGGAAAAUGCUUGUCUCGUUGGUCUUAUUCCUUUGGUAAUGAGUUUUGCUGGUUUUGAGAGGGAUCGAUCUCGAGAAAUUCGUAAGGAAGCAGCCUACUUCUUGCAGCAGAUUUGUCAGUCAAGCCCCUUGACGUUGCAAAUGUUCAUAGCUUGCCGUGGAAUACCCGUUUUGGUGGGAUUUCUUGAAGCAGAUUAUGCCAAACACAGGGAGAUGGUUCACUUGGCUAUUGAUGGGAUGUGGCAGGUAUUUAAACUCAAAAGAUCCACCUCUAGAAAUGAUUUCUGCCGUAUUGCUGCAAAGAAUGGAAUUCUUCUUAGGCUAGUCAACACUCUAUAUAGCUUGAGUGAGGCAACUCGACUGGCUUCUAUAUCAGGGGACGCAUUGAUUUUGGAUAGUCAAACUCCACGAGCACGCUCUGGUCAACUUGACCCUAACAAUCCUAUCUUUAGUCAGCGUGAGACUUCACCUAGUGUGAUUGAUCAUCCUGAUGGGUUGAAAACUAGGAAUGGGGGUGGUGAAGAGCCUUCUCAUGCUUUAACUUCAAGUUCUCAAAGAUCAGAUGUCCAUCAACCCGAUGCCUUGCACCUAGAUGGUGAUAGGCCUAGAUUAAGCAGUGUUGCAGCAGAUACCACAGAAGAUGUUAUACAACAACAUAGGAUAUCUCUUUCUGCCAAUAGAACAUCAACAGAUAAGCUUCAGAAACUAGCGGAGGGUGCGUCUAAUGGUUUUCCUGUUACUCAGCCAGAUCAAGUUCGACCUUUGCUUAGCUUAUUAGAGAAAGAACCCCCUUCAAGAAAAUUUUCUGGUCAACUGGAUUACGUGAAGCAUAUCACUGGCAUAGAGAGACAUGAAAGUAGACUUCCUCUUUUGUAUGCAUCAGACGUAAAGAAAACCAGUGGAGACCUAGAAUUUAUAAUGGCCGAAUUAGGAAUCUCUGGACGUGGAAAGGAAAAGGGAAAUCUCGAUACUGCAGCUAGAUAUUCCAGUAAGACGAUGACUAAGAAGGUUAUGGCUAUUGAAAGAGUCGCUUCUGCGUGUGGGAUUGCAUCUCAGACAGUAUCUAGUGUUCUGUCAGGUUCAGGUGUUUUAAAUGCUAGAGCUGGAAGUACUACAUCAUCUGGUUUACUUGCCCAUGCGCUGAGUGCAGAUGUCUCAAUGGAUUACUUGGAGAAAGUGGCUGAUCUGCUUCUCGAAUUUGCCCGAGCUGAAACGACAGUAAAAUCAUACAUGUGCAGCCAAAGCUUACUCAGUCGUCUUUUCCAGAUGUUCAACCGUGUGGAACCUCCUAUUCUGUUAAAGAUACUGGAAUGCACCAAUCAUUUAUCUACGGAUCCAAAUUGCUUGGAAAAUCUUCAGCGUGCAGAUGCAAUUAAGCAAUUGAUCCCCAACCUUGAGCUUAAGGAAGGGCAUCUUGUUUAUCAGAUCCAUCAUGAGGUACUUAGUGCACUAUUCAACCUCUGCAAGAUAAACAAGAGGAGGCAGGAACAAGCGGCUGAAAAUGGAAUCAUUCCGUACCUGAUGCUCUUCGUCAUGUCGGAUUCUCCUCUGAAACAAUAUGCAUUGCCACUACUAUGUGAUAUGGCUCAUGCAUCUCGGAAUUCAAGAGAGCAGUUAAGGGCCCACGGCGGUCUGGAUGUUUACCUGAGUUUACUCGAUGAUGAAUAUUGGUCCGUGAUAGCCUUGGAUUCAAUUGCUGUUUGCUUGGCGCAUGACAUUGACCACAAGGUUGAGCAGGCGUUUCUCAAGAAAGAUGCAAUUCAGAAAUUAGUUAACUUCUUCCAGAACUGUCCAGAAAGACAUUUUGUGCACAUUUUGGAGCCAUUCUUGAAGAUCAUCAUGAAAUCAUCUUCAAUUAAUAAGACAUUAGCAUUAAAUGGAUUGACUCCGCUACUUAUUUCAAGACUAGACCACCAAGAUGCGAUUGCUCGACUUAACCUCCUGAAACUCAUUAAGGCUGUUUACGAGAAGCAUCCAAAGCCAAAACAGCUGAUCGUAGAGAACGAUCUUCCUCAGAAACUGCAGAAUCUGAUUGAAGAACGACGUCAUGGACAACGUUCAGGAGGCCAAGUUCUGGUGAAGCAAAUGGCAACAUCUCUCCUCAAAGCACUUCACAUCAACACCGUCUUGUGAAUGUACAUUUAUUCUCAUUUUUGCAGGAAGAAAAUUCACCCAGCAAAGUGUAUAUCAUUCUUCCAUUUUACAACAGACUUGUAAUUGUUGGGUUGUGUCUCUCUUGUGUGUUUUUUUACUUCUCGAGAGAUGCCAACACUUCUGGUUUUUGUAAUAUAGUAUUCCUCAACAGAAUAAUUUUUUAGAGGAAUGGUUUUUGUAAUAUUUUAAUCCUUUUUUUUUUUUUUUUUAAUGUGGAUGUGAUCAUAAAUGAAUGAGAAAAAGCUAGUUUAAUUGUUAUUUUCGAAA